AGAUAACCACGUGCAAAGGUGAAAAAGUUUUUUCUAGUAACCAUAAAUGGGACAUUGGUGGUCUCCGAGCAUGAUUGAAAGGAUUGAAAUAGAGGAACGAUGAUCAAUGAAUAGCGCAAGCUGUUGGCAGCUACUAACUGGGCGUCUGGCCGCUAGCGGAGCGAUGGGAUGCCUCACACGAAAAUUGCAAGCUUUUUCGUUGGUCUGGCAUUCUUUAUCAGAGUUUUCCCAGAGGUCGAUAAGAUGCGCAAACGCGUAAUGAUCCUACUCGGUGAAUGAAAAUCUGGCUCGGUGAACAAUGUCAGUGUCACUCGUUGCUUUCUUCUCCGUACUCACCCGACCUUUCUCCCAACAGUCACUGUUAUCUGGCUUAUCAUGGCCCUGCGCAUUGCCUCGACUCGUCUCAGGCAGGCUGCAGCUCGUUCCAUCUCUCAUUCCACUGUCCUGUCAGUCCGUGGGCUCGCGACUGCCAAGUCUCCAGUAAAUCUCUUCGAGUCACUGGACACUUUUACUGAUAGGCAUGUUGGACCAGACGAUAAUGAGACCGAGUUCAUGCUUUCAAAGUUGGGCUUUGACUCCAUGGAGUCUUUUCUAGCUGCUACCGUGCCGCAGAACAUUCGCAUUGCUGGCUCCACCAUCAGUAACGCGUCCAUCCCAGCAUUGAGCGAGACAGAGCUUCAUGCAAAUGCGAAAAGGCUCGGUCAGAAAAAUGAGCAGUUCAAGAGCUUCAUUGGGAUGGGAUACCACAAUGCCGUCGUGCCCCCCGUUAUCUUACGGAAUGUCAUGGAGAACCCUGCGUGGUAUACCCCCUAUACUCCGUACCAGCCUGAGAUUGCCCAGGGUCGUCUCGAGUCAUUGGUCAACUUCCAGACGAUGAUCAUGUCCCUUACAGCGAUGCACAUCUCAAACGCGUCCCUCCUCGAUGAAGCAACCGCUGCCGCAGAAGCCAUGGUCAUGGCAUACGUGCAGUCUAACCAGAAGAAGAAGACAUUCUUCGUCGACAAGGCAGUCCUUCCGCAGACCAUUUCUGUUCUCAAGACGCGUGCCAAGGGCUUUGGCAUCAAUCUCGUCGUCGGCGACGCGGCUGAUGCACUUAAACAUGACGCGUUACGCGCCGAUAUCGCCGGUGUCCUUGUUCAAUACCCUGACGUGAAUGGCCUCGUUACAGACUACAGCGAUUUCACGAAGCAGGUGCAUGAAGCAGGCGCACUGGUCGUUGUCGCGACAGAUCUUCUUGCUUUGACACUUCUGCAGCCUCCGGGUGAAUGGGGUGCCGAUAUCGUUCUUGGCAACUCUGCGCGAUUUGGUGUUCCUGCAGGUUACGGAGGUCCUCAUGGUGCUUUCUUUGCCGUUUCAGAGAGGCUUAAGCGCAAAAUGCCUGGUCGUUUAAUUGGUCUGAGCAAAGAUACCAUGGGUAACCCCGCAUAUAGGCUGGCGUUGCAGACCCGAGAGCAGCACAUUCGCCGUGAAAAGGCCACUAGCAACAUUUGCACCUCGCAAGCCCUUCUCGCCAACAUGGCCGCUAUGUAUGCAGUAUAUCAUGGCCCCGUUGGACUCGAGCGCAUCGCGAAGAAAGUACACUUCCUCACGCAGAUCCUCAAGUUUGCCGUCGAACGCCUCGGAUUCCGCGUAAUAAACGCGUCCUCCUACUUCGACACGCUCACUAUUGACGUCUCGAAGCACUGCGCGAAUGCCGAAGUCAUGCAUGCCGCUGCUGCGUUGCUGGGCCUAAACCUCCGAAGAGUCGACAGGAAUACCGUUGGUGUCACUCUCGACGAGUCAGUAGGCCAAGAAGACCUCUUAUCCCUCAUACGCGCGUUCCACAUCGCCGCCUCGGGUCCAGAGCCCAAUCUCGCCGACCUUCCCGCCCCCAAGGAACCUGCCUUCCCUCAUCAGCUCGUGCGCGAGUCCAAGUUCCUCCAGUACCCCGUAUUCAACAAGCAUCACAGCGAGACGGAGAUGCUCCGGUACAUCUUCCAUCUUGCGAGCAAGGACCUCGGUCUUGUGCAUGCAAUGAUCCCGCUGGGCAGCUGCACGAUGAAGCUUAAUAGCACGAGCAGCAUGAUCCCACUCACGUGGCCCGAGUUUGGCGGUAUUCAUCCGUUUGCACCGCACGAGCAGGUUGAGGGAUACAGGAAGAUCAUCAAGGAACUGGAAGACGACCUUUGCAAGAUCACCGGUUUCCAUGCAUGCUCUGUGCAGCCGAACUCGGGUGCGGCAGGUGAAUAUGCUGGUUUGACUGUCAUCCGUGCAUACCAGGACUCCCGCGGGGAGGGACACCGCGAUGUGUGCUUGAUACCCCUUAGUGCGCACGGCACGAAUCCUGCGUCGGCUGUCAUGGCGGGCUUGAAAGUUGUCCCGGUCAAGACACAUGCAGAUGGGAACUUGGAUCUGGAAGACUUGAAGACAAAGGCCGAGAAACACAAAGAUAACCUCGCGGUCUUCAUGAUUACAUACCCCUCGACGUUCGGUGUCUUUGAAGAUGGUAUUGCUGAUGCCUGCAAGAUCAUUCAUGACUGUGGUGGACAAGUAUACCUGGACGGUGCAAAUCUCAAUGCACAGGUUGGACUGACGAACCCCGCGGUCUGCGGAGGCGAUGUUUGCCAUCUCAACUUGCACAAGACCUUUGCAAUUCCCCACGGAGGCGGAGGACCUGGUGUCGGACCCAUCUGUGUUGCCAAGCACCUCGCACCCUUCCUUCCCUCGCAUCCCCUUGUUAAGACCGGCGGCAAUGCCGGCAUCGAUGCUGUCUCUGCCGCCCCCUUCGGCAGUGCAUCCAUCCUCCUCAUUUCCUGGGCUUACAUCAAGAUGCUCGGCGGCAACGGCCUUUCAGAGUCCACCAACAUCGCUCUCCUCAAUGCCAACUAUAUGGCGCACCGACUUGCAGGACACUACAGCCUCCGGUUCAAGAACAAGAACGGGCGAGUCGCUCAUGAGCUGCUGAUCGACCUCGCGGAGUUUGAUAAGGCUGCAGGGUUAAAGGUGACGGAUUUCGCGAAGCGGGUGCAGGAUUACGGCUUCCACCCUCCUACAUGCUCAUGGCCCAUCUCUACUUGUAUGCUGAUCGAGCCUACCGAGUCCGAAACACUCGAAGAGAUCGACAGAUUCUGCGAUGCUAUGAUUCAGAUUCGGAAGGAAGCGGAAGAUAUCAUCACUGGCAAGCAACCCAAGGAUAACAACCUGCUCAAGAAUGCACCGCAUCCGCUUUCGCUCAUGGUUGCAUCUGACAAGGAAUGGAACCGUCCUUACACGCGCGAAGAGGCUGCAUAUCCUAUGCCAUGGCUCCGCGAGAAGAAGUUCUGGCCAACUGUUUCUCGCAUAGACGACGCCUACGGCGACCUUAACCUUAUUUGCGACUGCCCGACAGUUGAGGAACUUGCGUCCUCGUAAGCUAUUCUUAUGUUAUCACCAUCUCUAGACUUUUUCUUGCUCUGGGUCUUUCUACUCCUCUAGAACACACACUCGUCACGCGUAAUGCUCAACCACACGCUUUGUACACUUAUACCAUUAUUAUUGUAUUCACCAUCACGAAUAGAGUUACGAUGA